UCUUUGUUGUACCUUGGUGGGAUUUUUCCUUCAAGAAAAGUUAAAUGUUAUCGUCUUGGAACACCAAAAUAGCAUAUUUAGCUUUGUACUUUAAUAUUCAAGUUUGAAGUGAUAUAAAACUAGUCGCGUGGAGUGAGUUAGCGCACAACGCCAGAGACACUGAAGAUUGGGACGACAACAAAAGUAAAAGUAAAAGCAACCUGGACCCUUGAGUUACAUGCGUUUGGCAAAAAGCAGGUGAGAAGUCCAUGUUUGCCUCGUCGCUUGGUGAUGGAGGGACGAGCUGGUGGUGUUAGUUUGUGUGCUGUUCUCAAGGCAACAGUUUGAAGUUCAUGCAUUCACGCUGUUUUUGCACUGGAAUACAGUUUGAGCAUGUUCAAGGUCGUCACCUUAAUGACCCUUGAAUGGACAUUAUGCAGAGAUGAGAGAUGACAUCAAUAUCAAUGUUGAGCUGCAGGUGGUGUAGAAGCUCAAAGUGGAAUAAAAGAGAGUGAUAAAGAGCCAGGUAAUGGAGCAGAGCAGAGGUGGUACCACCGCAGGGGUUCUGGUUUGGACGCCAGCCCCAGCGUACUCCUCUCCCUCAAGCUCAGACGGGUCGGAUUUAAGCUGGGAUGAAGAACCGGAUGAGGACUUUCAAAGCCAGAUGGAUGAGAAUGGCAUCAUUGGUCUGGCAGAGAGUCAAGGGCAGCAGGAGGAAGGAGAAGAGGAGUUUGCAGAAGACCUGUUGUGGGACGUGAAGACCCCCGAGCCUGAGCAUGGGCCGCCACCUGCGCUAGAAGAGAUAAGCUGUCACCUGAGUGAGCUGCUAGACUCUGAGCCGCUCUCUCAGGAAACUGGAGAUGACUGCAGCUCUCCAUCUCUGUUGGAAGAACACAGAACAGAUGAUGAACGAAGUGUUUUGUUGGAGGAUUGGACUGACAAUGAGGACAGUGCAGAGAGCCCAACAAUUCACAGGCACAAAUUAAACUCUGUCCCACAGAGGGACAAAGUGCUAGACAUGACUGAUGAGGAAACAGAAGAGAAGGACACUUGUGAAGUUGCUCAGAGAUUCACGGAUCAAACACUUCCUGUUCCAGAAGAAGUGGCAUCUGAAAGGGUGAAGAGUCACGAUUACAGUGAAAUCCCCCAAAUUAUUGCAAUUUCAGGAAUCCCAGAGCAUUCUGAGCAAAGUGAUUUUGAGGAACUUAAGGAAACUAAUGGGCAAUUUCUUCCAGUCUCGCAUUGUAUGCCUUCUGAUCCUUUUAGUUUUUCCCAUUUGUCCUCAGAAGAACUGAUGAAUAACUGUGGGAUUGAAGCUGAGGCAUUUCCAAAGCUAGGGCAUAUGAGGGCAGAAUCAUCUCUUAGCACUCCUAAAACGUACCACGCAUUUAGAUCAAAAGGCGAGGAGAUUAAACACAAGAUCACACCUCAAACUUCAGCUGGAAGGCCAGAAAUAAAAAUCAGACUUGGAAAAACACACCAGGAUUGUACGAGUGAAGAAACACUAGGGCUACACAGUCCUAACCAUAAUUUGCAGCCUCCAACGCCCUCUCCCAGAAAAACAAACCUAGCUUCCUGUGACGAUCAGGUUUCCAUUCCAGCGCAGUGCAUUUCUAAAUCAAGCGUCUCCCCCUCAGAGCAUUCGCCACCUCCUACAUCUCACCGGUCUUCUGCAAUAAAGAACCACAGAACCUCCAAAACUUCUCACACUGAGCAAGAUGACGUCAGGAAAGGACAACUAAGUCACCCUUUACCUGAUUUCUCCAAAGUGGAGCCGAGAGUACGUUUCCCGAAAAAGAGUGAAUACAGACCUCCUAAAAGUCGUCAACCCUCUCAUGAUAGAACUUCACACCUGGAUCUCCCUCUAGUGUUCAAGUCCCCUGCUGAGAUUGUGAGAGAGGUCCUUUUGAGCAGCUCUGAUGGGUCUCCAGGAAGCCCCUCCACCAGUGGGACCCAUAAGCGUCUGCAAAGCAAAGUACCAGAGGAGUUUCGCUGCCCCCAGCAGGCCAGCACACUCAUGCAGCAGCUACAGGAGGACUACAACAGGCUGCUUACCAAGUAUGCAGAAGCUGAAAAUACUAUCGAUCGACUUCGCCUUGAAGCGAAGGUGGGUCUCUGUUCUGAAUCCCCAAAACCCAGUAAAGCUAUCAUGUCAGGGGUUAUUCAGGAAGCGUCAAAGGUCAUGACCCUCAGCUUUCCUCGGGCACAGAGGGCAGAGUUCGGCACAGGCUCUGCUCACGUGAUCCCGCAGAGGGAUCACUCAGAAAACUCCAGAAGAACACCGACUCGUCCUUCCUCUGUGAACUCGGUCAGCUCGAGGAGGUCUGGAUCUCUCACUGCAGAUCAUCUAACAGAGACUCUGACCAAACAGACUCAUAGAUUUCAACUACAGGUUGAUUCUUUUGAAGCACUUUUGAAGAAUGGAAAACUCAAGCCCUGUGAACAGAUUCAGGGUCUCUCCACACUGGCACAAGGACAGGAGUCUCUUGAAAGGGCUUACCUAGAUGCGCGAGCCCAGUAUCGGAAGCAGCAGCAGCAGCAGCAACAAGGUGGUCAUGUCACCUUUGACCCAGACAGGGAUCUAGAAGGUCAGAUCUUCAGAUCCGGGAUGCGAUUGGAGGAGCUGAAGGAGUGGCUGGAGCAAGCAGAACAGAACCAACCCGUCUCUAAACCUACUUUAACCCCUCUGCCUCCUUCAGAUGUGCUUUCUGUCUCCAUGCUGGAGACCGAACCUCUGCCUGAGAGCCCACUAUCUGCUGUUCAUCCUGAGACUUGUGUUGGUGUGGAGGUCAGUUCAGUUAGUGGAGAGAGUGAUGCAGACAGAGAGGAAGAGGAGAUCCUUCCAUUUCUUCUUCAUCCCCUGUAUGACAAACACCAGCGUGUGGAGAAAGACUUCAGUAAACUCAUGGACUGCUAUCAGAAUUUUAAAGAGCUCCCUAGGAUGCUGGACCCGACUGUGAUUUUAAAGAGCCAGGAUUCGCUGGAUUUUGGAGGCUCUGCUCCUCCUGGGAAAACAAGUGUAACGGACAGACAACAACACAGGACUGUUAAUGAGCGCAAGACGACAAAAUGUGCUGAGCAGCAGGCAGCAGCAGAUUGUGUCCCUCCCUCCGGCCCAUCUGUCAGGUCACAGGUGUGUGACUCUAUGGAAACUCACCCAGAGGCUUUUUGCCACUCCUCAGUGUUGCCAGGGCAACCGGGUAUGGAGAGGAAAACGACAGGAAACAGGAAAACUCAAAGCAGUAGCCUGACCAGCCUUGCAGAGAGCACAGAACCCAGAACUAUGAGCUUAAAGGCAAAGGCCAAGACUGUCAGAGCGUCCCCUCUGGAUGGAGUCAAGUCUCCAGAGACAGACAGUGGCUUUAUGGGAUCUGAGAGCAGUCAGCUCACUCCUGCAGUACACAGUCCUCUCCAGCAGAGGACAGUGGCGAGAUCCAUCAGGCUGUCUGACCCGCACAUGAAGAAAACAGAAAGACCAGAGUCCGCUCCACCUUCUAGACAGCCUUUUGCGGGCUCCCCUUUUCCGAAUACCCCAGGAGAACACCUCACCAAGUCUGAAGGAUGCACGGGUCCUGUUGGGAGGAGAAGAGGGGAGGAAAGGUGUUCUUCUUCCAGCCUUUCUCCCUCAGUAUCCCCCGUUCAUUGGCCCAAUAGCACCCUCCGGCCCUGGCCGAGCAGCCUGACCAGCCAAUCAGAGCAUGGGAGUGAUCAGGUCCGUUUCUUAUCAGGGGAUGAAAAAGCACAGGAUGGCCAAUAUCCACAUCCAGCCAAUCAGGAGCUCCGCUCUCACAGAAGCCCCUCCCUCCAUGUGCCUUAUCACCACGGUGACCACCUCGAAGCCCAAAGUUCCAUUCAGCUAACAAAUCACCAAGAGGCUCUUCAAUCUCUACAGCAAGAAGUGAACCGACUGAAGGAAAGACUAGAGGGAAAUAUGAGACUCUCCACACCGGCCAGUCUUGUUAGAGUACCCACUUCUGCCACAGACGACAUCAGGGAUCAGGCACCUCCACAGACCGCAAGGUCUUCAGACAGGAGAAGGCAGACAGACAGAGGGAGGAAUGGAGAAAAAGAGAGAGGAAACUCACCAAGACCUACCGUGAGGCAAAGAUCAGCGUCUUUACCUCGAUGUCAGCCUCAAAGUGAUCUGACAACUGAUUCUGAGCAUGUCCAGUCUGAGCCACGACCAUCAACUUUAAGACACGUCCUGAUGUCCCCUGUGACAUCUAGAGGAAGAAGACAAACCAGAGGAUUUGUACAUCACAAAGAGGACAGUACAUCAGGCAGAUCGGACAAUAUCGAUGAAACCGAAUCAAGCCGAGGACCAGAACUUGCCUGCCUACGUUGCAUAUCACACCGCACUGGCUCUCUGACACGUCCAAUGAGGAGCAGGAGCUCUCCACGCCUCACCCAGCGUUCCUGCAGCCAUUGCCCAUUGUGUGGUGCAUUACAACCCAAUCAAAGAGCCUCUCAACCAGCCAAUCAGGAGCCAGUCUCUACCCCCAGAGGGAAUCAGCCAAUGAGAUCCUCCUUACUGAGGGACAGAGGAAGUGUGAAAGUGGCUCCUCCCCCCACAGUCCUGGGAGGUGUUCCAGUUAUCCCAUAUGUGCCCGUCUAUCCUUCAACUCUUUACUUUUCCAGUCCUGUGACGACACAGUCCUACUCCCAACCCUUUAACAUCUCAGUCAGUCCUGUCAGAGAUGAGUGGCCAGGGGUCGGAGGUCAUCGCAGACGUUCUUUCUCUUUGGAGCAUCAGCAGCGCUCUCUAGACAGCUCUCUGACCCGUGCUAUCAUGGCAGCUAGAAACAUGAAAAAGGUCUCGCAUCGCAUGGCUCAUUCUCUGGCCUCUGGAUUACACAGCACUCACUUCCUCACCUCGUCCUGCACCUACUGAUACUAGCCUUUACAUCUGUUCAUUUAGCAGACGCUUUUAUCCAAAGUGACUAACUAAAAUGACGAAUAAUAUGUUUCUACUGCUGAACUGUGAAGAUUUGUUCAUUUUUAUUCGUUUACAAAACCUUUUUCUCGUAGUGGUGUGACUGAUGCAGACAAGCAACGCUGCAGCGGAAAAUGAUGGAAAUGUGAAAUGUCUCAGGUGAACAGCUAAUUUUAAAGACUGACAGCUGCAUUAUGGCAGCUUAAACAUUCCAGGUUUGUAUAUACAGUGACCCCAAAAAAUAUUUGGAAUGUUAGGCCACACUUAAAAGGGACGCAAAAUUCACUUUUACAUGGUGUUUGCAUAUGAUGGUGUUUUAGCAACUCUACAAUAAUAAAAAUCGAUUCACUUCUUCUUCUUUUUUUUAAUCCCCAAAACCCUAAACAGUCUCAAUUAUCAAGCUGUUUUGAUUUUCUGAGCAGUAUGAUGUCAUAUGGACUGUCCCGUAUUAGCAUAUUACCUUUAGUCAGUUGUACACUGUCCGCCAUUUUCUUUGCACUCUAGCAGCUGCAAUGACAACGUCUCGUAAGCAAUGCAGGUGUUUUCUAGUUGGAUAUACAAGUGAACGUAAGUCUGCUGACAUCAAAGCUACUGAGGACACAGUGGAUUAGUUUUGUUUUUGAUGGUAACUGAUUUAUUUAUUUAUUUAUUUUUUUUACAUUUAUGACACCUACAGUGCCAGCUGUGGUCCAAUCAUUUAAAACUUUGCAUGCUUGUUUAGAAUCACCUGUUGCAUAUGCUCAGAAGGUUUCAUGAAGAUUUGAGUUUUCAUUUAGGCUUUAUAGGAUUUUGGGUACUUUUUUUUUGAUAAUUAUUGACCUAGAGAGUCCAGAGAAUUUACUGCAGUGUUUUUGCAAAAGUAGUUUUUUUUUUUUUUUUUU